AUGGAAAAUCAACCGUUUCGGAUCCGAGUAUUUAAGAAGAGCUGCAGAGCACACUCCUCCACAGACCUCCAGAGGACCAUGGACAGAGCUAGUUUCUUGGUGCUGCUGCUGAGUUCCUCUCUUUUCUUCUUUGAGGGGAUUUGUUUAGAUGAUUUGGGACAAAACCCAGAGUCUCUUCAGUUCUGUUCAUCUGACAUUGACUCAGUGAGAGAGAUGAGAGCUGCACUGGCUGCACAGCAAGUCCAGAUCAAACAACUGCAGGAGGAAAACCUGGAAAACAAAGUCCGGAUGGAGCAACUGCUGGAGGGAAACCGGGGUAAAUAUCAAAGUAAUGUGCUGUAA